UUGGCUCGCGCGUCAUCCUCUCCCGCACCAGGGAGUAGUUUGGGGUGGCGUGGGCUCCGUCCUCCUCCUGGCUGGUGGGAACGGUGUGCCCGGGAGAGGAAGUGUGGUGGGCCCGGCCCCUCCCCGCCCAGUGCCGAUGAGUGCCAGGGCGCCCAAGGAGCUGAGGCUGGCGCUGCCGCCGUGUCUCCUCAACCGGACCUUUGCCUCCCCCAACGCCAGCGGCGGCGGCGGCGGCAACGCGAGCGCCCGUGGCCCGGGUGCAGGCGGCAGCGGCGGCGGCACCUGCAUCACGCAGGUGGGACAGCAGCUCUUCCAGUCCUUCUCGUCCACGCUGGUGCUGAUUGUCCUGGUCACCCUCAUCUUCUGCCUCAUCGUGCUGUCCCUCUCCACCUUCCACAUCCACAAGCGGAGGAUGAAGAAGCGGAAGAUGCAGAGGGCUCAGGAGGAGUACGAGCGGGAUCACUGCAGCAGCAACCGCGGCGGCCGGGGGCUGCCCCCAGCGGCGAGCGGCCAGGCCCCCGCCCCUGCCAAAGAAACCCGGCUGGAGAGGCAGCCCCGGGACUUCGCCUUCUGCGCCCCCUCCGACGCCUCCUCUUCGUCUUCGGCGCCCGGCCUCCCGUGCCAGGGUCCCCGCGCUCCUCCUCCUCCUCCACCACCGGCCCCCAGUCCGCAAGGAGCACACGCGGCCUCCUCCUGUUUGGACACAGCUGGCGAGGGCCUUUUGCAAACGGUGGUACUGUCCUGAUUGUUGAGCCCCUCUCUCCUCUCCUCUCCCUCAUGUCCAGCAUCUUGGCCUUCCUUGCUUUUAUCCCCCUCCGUCCUUCCCCUCCCACUUUUCUCUGGCUUCUCUUCCCUCUCCCUUCUUUCCGUAUCUGCCCUCCCCUCACUCUGUUUCUCCUCCGCCGAGGCACUGUGCGGUAUUUGUAAAUAUUGGGCAAGGAAAGUCUCGGAAGAAGAAAUAACGCUGAUAAUACUUUAUUAUUAAUAUUUAUAGUAAUUAUUAUAAUACUAAUAACACAAUCCAAGCGCAUGACAAAUCACAUAAUUUCUCAUUGUCAAUGAACGAUGCGUCUUCCCUCUCCACCCUGCACCCCCCCCCCCCACACACACACACAAUAAGGAGGAGAAACCGCACAAGCUACCAAAUAUGAAAAGAAGGCAUUGAUUCCCGGAGCAAAGGGAGUGGAGGGGGCCCGGUGUGUUGUACAUAGCUGUCAAGUUAAGGUUCAGUUAACUUCCUUUCCUUCCACCCUCCCCCCACCAACCUCCCCCAUCCCCCAUAAGCUUUCCCUUUUUCUUGAGCUGCCCUCCCUUCCCCAUUCCUACCCUCAGCCGGGCUCAGGCAAUAGCAUAUUAUAAAGAAAACGUCUACAUUAAGCACCAGAACUACAAGAGGCCACAGAGACAGUCCCAGAAAAACAUAAAUGACAUGAACCCAUCUCCGGUCAGCCCCCUUCUCACCCCUUAGCUACCCAUUCCCUUUUCUAGGACCAGGCAUUUAAAUUUACUUUUAGAAAUGUCCCUCGCUGGCUAAAAAUCUUUAAAU